GCGGGCGGGCGCGGAUGGGGCUCAUCGUCCCUUCCUCAUCCCCUUAUCCCGUGGCUUUUCCCGCUGGGAGCCGCCUCCUCAGAAGGCUCUGUCCCUCUGGAGGGUGGCCCCGGGGGGUUACGGGCGCAGGGCUACACAGUCAUUCCUUUUCCUGCUGGAUCCAUCAUGAUAACUCCAGCUUUUGAACUGACCCAGGAUCCAGAUUUUCUCACAAUAAUAAUCAGAGUACCUUAUGCCAGAGCUUCAGAGUUUGAUGUUUAUUUUGAAGGGGAAGACUUUAAAUUUUAUGCUAAGCCAUACUUUCUCAGAUUGACACUUCCUGGGAGAAUUGUAGAAGAUGGCAGAGAAAAAGCAUCCUAUAAUACAGACGAAGGAACUUUUACAAUCCGGUUACCCAAGGAGGUUCCUGGCCAAUAUUUUGAGGGCCUGGACAUGCUGACAUCUCUUUUAGCACCAAAGAAAUCAAGAUCAGCAAAGCCUUUAGUAGAAGAGAUAGCUGCCUCUGCUGAGCUGUCUGAGGAGGAGGAAGAAGAAGACUUUGACUGGGAAAUAGAACAGACCCCUUAUGAAGAAAGUUCAGAAAGCACUCCACCACUGCAGCACCCUUAUGGAUUUGGGAAUUUGCAGUCAGGGGUGUUCCAGAGGCUGCAGGAUGAGCUCAGUGAUGUGAUUGACAUCAAGGAUCCAGACCAUACUCCUGCAGAUGAGCGAAGGAGGAGACGCCUGGAAGCUGAGGCUGCCAAGUUUGAGCCUGAUCAUUACCUAGCUGAUUUUUUUGAAGAUGAAGCUAUUCAGCAUGUUUUAAAGUACAAACCCUGGUGGGUUGAUGCACAUAAAAAGCUGACAGCCUUGCAGAGAGAAAGUCAUCAGGAACAUGACACUCAUACAUUUGUUGUCUUCUCUGAGGAAGAGAGAGAGCAGCUCAGAAAGUUCACAAAUAAAUCUUACCUGCUGGAUAAAAGGAGCCGUCAUCAUGUAUAUCUUGGAUUAAUUGAUAUCCUCCUGGCAUAUUGCUAUGAGAUCUGUGUCAAUGAAGGGGACAAAAAUGUUGAAUCGUCUUGGAACAUCAGGAAACUGAGUGCAACAUUGUGCUGGCUGGAGAGCUUCACUUGCAUCCAUGAUGUCCUGGUAUCUUUUGGAAGAAGAGUGCUGUGCUACCCCCUGUACAGACACUUUGGGUUAGUGACACGUGCCUUCAGUGACACAGCCAUGAUACUGCAAUUAGGAAAAGCUGCAGUUUUGAAGUGUCUGCUGGACAUUCACAAGAUUUUCAGGGAGAGUGACCCUGCCUACAUCCUUAAUGAUCUCUUCAUUACAGACUACUGCAUCUGGAUUCAAAAAAUCAAGUCAAAAAAGUUGGCUGCACUCUCUGAGUCCUUGCAGAAAACCACGCUCACCAAGUCCCACAUGGGGUUGGAACUGGAGGAGCUGGAAGCAGCAGCAGUGCUGGUACAGGAGGAAGAGAACGCGUUAAAAGCUGCUGGCACAGUUUCCAAGCAACAGCUGCUUUCCUCGGAGUCAGAGACGAGUGACUCUGAAGAAUCAAGCAGCACUUCAUCAUCUGAGACAGAAGGCUCUGAUUCAGAUGAGCGAGAGUCCUCGACCGGUGAAGAUGGGGAAAUAAAUUCCUUCCAAGGCACACUUGAGGAGGAGAGGACAGCUCCACUUAUUGACUGUAAUGGACUGAGGCAGGGCACAAACACCUCUGCGCUGGGGGUUAGUGAUGGAACAGCAGAAGCUUCUUUGCAAUCUGUGUCUCUUCCUGGGAAAUUGAUAGAGGAAUUGGAAAUGCAAAUGCACUCUGCAAUGAGGCUUUCAGAGCAGCCUGAAGGAUUGGCUACUGCGAGCUGCGUUUCACAGGAACAAGCAGCAAACCCUGUACCCAAACCUGACAGAUUUUCAGAAGAUGCUGCUGGGAAGGGAAGUUUCUUGGAGGUGUCUUCAAAGCCAAACCCAUUGCUUUUUCUCUGCAGCACAAAUGAAGAUGAAGACUAAAGGACCAUGUAGGAACACGGGACGGGCACACAGCUCAUCACUGUGAUGAGAUGUCCCAAGGCUGUCCUGAGCUGCAGAAAGAUGGUUUUGUUUUUUGUUGGAGGACAAGACUGCUUUGAAAAGAAUUUGUAUGACCGUGUGUUAGACACCCUCAUAGUUAAUUUUUAUUUUUCUCCUCUGAUUCAACAGUCUGAGAUUUGAUGUGGGAAUGUAUAAUUUCAAUAAAAUUCUAGAAGCAGU